AUGGAUGAAGUGGAAAUUCGAAAUAUAUUGCCACCAACAUCUUCAUCAACAAAUUUAAUAUGUUCAUUUCAUGUUAAAUUUACUAAUGAUAAAGAUCUUAAUCAAUGUUUAAAAUUAUUAUGUGAUUAUUUUCCAAUAAAUAUCUAUUCACCAAAUGAUUUUAAUAUUCGUAUUGAAACAACACAACCAACAAUGUUUCAUUCAUUAUUUUUUAAUAAAAAAAAAGAUACAUUAACAUUAGAACAAUUAACAACAAUAAAAAUAUUUCAACAGAUUUUAUUCACAACGAGUACAACAAAAUACUAUCGAUGUGAAGAUUCACGUUGUACUGUUACUGCACGUACUGAUCUUGAAGAUAAUAUUUUGAACAUUAAAGGUGAUCAUUGUCAUCCACCUGAACCAGAAGAAAUUCAAAUUCGAGUGUUCAAACAAGUUGUUAAAGCACGUGCUAUAAGUGAAAGUACACCUAUUCCACAAAUUUAUGAUGAGGAAGCAGCCCGAAUCAAUUUAUCAACAUUAGCAAUUGCUGCUUUACCAUCUCAGGGAGAACUUGUGUAUUUUGUAGCGUUUGUGUGUGUUUUUGCUCUGUUGCCUGAUCGAAAAAAACCUACAUAUAAAUAUUUAUUUCAUGAAUUACGUAAUAAAGCUGCUCAAUUAAAUAUGACUUUUAAUCCAUGUACUAUUAUGUCAGAUUUUGAAGGAACAGUAGCUGAAAUACUUAAAAUUGAAUUUCCUAAUAGUCAACAUGUCGGCUGUUUCUUUCACUAUACGCAGUCUAUAUAUAGAAAUAUCCAACAACUUGGAUUAUCUUCUCAAUAUGCUGCUGCUGAUGAAAUUAGAAAUACUUGUCGAAAACUUAUGGCACUUGCUUUAAUGCCUAUUUCAUUAGUUCUACAAGCAUAUGAUGAUCUUCAUGAUUCAGUUCUUGAAUCAUCAUCAACAACAUUUGAUUCUCUUAAACCUCUUUUUAGUUAUUUUGAGAACCAAUGGAUAAAAAAUGUAGAUAUUCAAAGAUGGAAUGUUUAUGGAUUGCAUAUGAGAACGAAUAACAACGCCGAAGGUGGUCUUACAGCUCGACCAAAAACAAAGAAAACACUUGCUAUUCAACAUCGAAUUGAUACAUUAUAUAUUCGUUAUGAUAAUGGUGAUAUUAAUGCUAAUGAACUUCUCAAUGGAUUGUCUUAUGUUGUUGCUAAAAAUAUUAAAUCAAAAAGAAAAUGA